AUGCCGGCGCCCGCGCGCGUGCGCGCGCUGGAGCACGCCGGAGAUUUACGGGAUAAGAUUGUGCUCGUGCGCGUCGAUCAUAACUGCGUGAAGAACGGCGUGGUGCGGGACGCGUACAGGAUCGAACAGAGUUUGCCCACGUUGUACAACAUUGUCGAACGCGGUGGACGACCGAUCCUGAUCACGCACGUGAAUCGCCCGAGAGACGGCGCGGAUGGAUCGAUAACGAUCGAUAAGUCGCGAGACGGCGUGGACGCGGUCGUGGAUGUGCUGCGGCGAAUGUUGGGGGUGACGUUUGCGGCGCCGACGUUCGGGACGGCCGGUCGAGGCGACGGCAUCGCGAGCGUGGACACGUCGAUUAAUUUUCUAUUGGACGAUCUUCGAGCGCGAAGGAUCGGGGGAAUAUAUUUACCGAACUCGAGGUGGUUCGCUGGGGAGGAGGCGAAGGCGGGGUCGGAGGCGUACGAAGCGUUCUCGAGGCAACUCGCCGGUUUGGCGGACGUCUUCGUGAACGACGCAUUCGGGUCGUGGCAGCCGCAUGUAUCGACGGUGGGGGUGACGAAAUAUUUGCCCAGUUACGCCGGGUUGUUGAUGCAGCGCGAGUUACGGGCGGUGGAGGCGGUGUUGGAACCGGUGAGACCGUUCGUCGCGGUGGUGGGGGGAUCAAAGCUUGAUACGAAAAUCGAGACGCUCAAUGCGGUGGCGUCGCGGUGUGAUUCGCUUGUUCUCGGCGGGGUGGUUUACAACGCGUACUUAUGCGCGAAGUAUGGGGUCGAGAUCGAAGGCGUGAGCGAGCGCGAUGUCGAGCUCGCGGGUCAACUUCUCGCGCCCGAGACGCAAGCAAAGAUAAUCGAACUCCCGGUCGUCGUGGAAUCCACUUCACUGCAAGGCUGCGGAUGCGUUCCAAAAGAGGGUGAGUGUGGGAAACCAAUGGAGGGAGCUGGAACGACGCGACCUCUUCAUAUCGAUCAGUUGCAGCGCGGAGCGAGCUAUGGGUACGUCCUGGAUGUCGCCGCAAGCUCGUUCGAGGAUGAAAAAGUGAAGCUCGCAAUGCAAGGCGCAAAGACAAUCUUCGUCAACGCCGUCAUGGGAUUCACCUCGAGUGGAUUUCAUGAAGGUACAACGGCGCUGGAUCAUGCCAUCGCCGAAAACAAGAGCGCUCGAAAGUACUUCGGCGGAGGCGACACGAUUCAAGAGUUUAAAUCGCUCACGCCGGCGCUCUUCAUGUCUGCCGUGCUCGAUCCCACAUUUUACCUUUUCACCGGCGGAGGCACGGUGCUGAAAGCGUUAGAGCUCGGCGGCGGCGAGAAAUUAGAGACAGUGCAGUGCUUGUUAGCCGAUGCGGACGAGAAAAUUCCCCUUAAAGAAGAGCCGAAGUGCAUGCGCUUCGCCGACUGCGCGUGCUGA